UCCGAAUCGAAUAUAUCCUUUGCUUUGGUACGAAGAUUACCUUCAAAGCCUUCUUAUAGAAGAAAAUGAGACACUGGAAGGACAUGAGUUUGUUGAGGCAGUUGCCUUAAGAAAUAAGACGCUCGUUAUUGGCAAACUGAUUCCCCAAACUCAGAUAUCUGACAUCAUCAAUUUCUUCAAAGAUGUUGCAGCAGUUGUUCAUGUUCGACUUAUUGUAAACAAUGGUGGUUAUCAUGUGGGCUAUGGUUUUGUCGAGUUUGCUUCUGCUGACGAAGCCAUGAUGGCGCAGGAAAAGAAGAAUGGUGAACUAUUGUGCGGGCGUCAUGUUAUUCUUGGCGUGGCUGAGAUAGCUCCACUCACUCCACUACCGACCAUGUUGUGCAUAGAUCACAAGGUUUGGUACAAAGACUACCUUCGGGGAGAAAACCUUUUGAUAGAAGAAGAUGAGGCAAUAGAAGAAGAUGAGGCAGUGGAAGAAGGACUUGAUGAUUAUGUUGAGGAAGUUUCUGCUGAUGUUCCAACUAUACUGCAUGGUUUCUCAGCCCUUGCCCAAAGCUUCAGAACGAACACAUCUGAACUAUGUCAUGAUGAUCUUUACUUAACUUGUCAGAGAUGGUUUUUGUGUUCCAAGAUAGUUCGUCAGUUGAUAAUUUCUGGAUUUCCAAGUGAUGCAAAGACCCUACAGGAGGUCAAUCAUAUCAAAGAGGUUUCUCCUGUGAUGUUGAAUGCCAUCCAGUCAUUUCUUCCAUUUUGUUAUACCCUUGAGUACUGUAAGGAUAAAUCUUUAGGUGAGGAGCAACCUCAUUCUAUCCCUUCAUCCAUUUCUAAAUCUCUGUUUGAUUCUGACAUUGGAAGGACUCACAGUAACCUCUCUUUUAGUAGUGGUGCUAUAGCCAUCCAACCGGUUUCAACAUUAGCAGCCAAGGAGGGGUCGUUUGUAUUGAAUUCAACUCAGUCUUCUCCAAAUUUAGAGCUUUUUUCAGAUGGUGUCAAUGCUACUCAAUGCUUUCCAAUUGAUGAUCAAGAUGCUUUGCAAAAACCCCUACUUACUGCAACUCCAGCUCGCAGGCAGUUUCUGCCCCUUUUGAUGAAUCCCUCCAUUCCAGUUCUGAAGCAAGGGAAAUCUGUCAAGGAAUUGAAAGAGUUGACAAUGGAAACAGAGCAAAAGGCGAACAGUGGAGGUCUCCAGCAAGGUAAGUCUCUUAUGGCCUGUUUGGGAACCUGAAUUUGGAUUUCAAAUCCGGAUUUGGCUCAAAUUCCUUGUUUGGCAACCCAAAUAAUUUGAAUUUGGAUUUAAAUCAAAUUCCUCUCAUUAAUAACCAAUCCAAUUACAAAUUCAUACCCAAACCCAUGUCAUUUCAAUUCCCUGGCCCAGUUAAAAUUAAGUGUCGACAUUCAUUCUCGUCCAUAGCCUCUUUCGAUCCCUCUCGUCCAUCGCCUCUCCAGUAGUCCAGUUUGCGUAUUUCAUCUCCGAUCGAGAUCGCGUCCAAGCUGAGUAUUCGAGCGGCUAGGUCUGAAUC